GGGUAUUCGUCUGCGCACGCGCCAGAAGGAUUUUUUUUUUUUUUAAUAGUGCUAUAAAAAGAGAAUUAUAACUGUCAGGUGUUUUUCCGUUUGUUUCAAAUUUACCGCGGGGCGGAGCCUAAACUAGAGAUUUCAGUAGCAUCCUAUUGGGAAAUAGCGUCUCACGCCGUGACCCGGAAGCGGAAAUGGUGGCGGGUUCUAUGGUGACGGCCUUAACAACGGUGGUAGGUAGAGUUCAAGUGGUUUGGGCGGCGGAGGCCGGUGGUCUCUGACUGAGGGAGGAAAGGGACGGAGGGAUGGCAGAGAAGUUCGACUCCCUGGAGGAGCACCUGGAGAAGUUCGUAGAGAAUAUCCGGCAGCUGGGCAUCAUCGUCAGCGACUUCCAGCCGAGCAGCCAGGCCGGCCUCAGCCAGAAACUGAAUUUUAUGGUUACUGGCUUGCAAGAUAUUGACAAAUGCCGGCAGCAACUUCAUGACAUCAGUGUGCCUUUGGAAGUCUUUGAGUAUAUAGAUCAAGGUCGCAACCCCCAGCUUUAUACUAAAGAGUGUUUGGAAAGGGCAUUAGCUAAAAAUGAACAGGUGAAAGGCAAAAUUGACACUAUGAAGAAAUUCAAAAGCUUGUUGAUUCAAGAGUUGACUAAAGUGUUCCCAGAGGAUAUGGCCAAGUAUAAGGCUAUUCGGGGUGAAGAUCCUUCUCCUUAAGUGUUAAUUACAUUCUGUAUUAUCCUUCAAGCACUGGAGAUAGGCUAUUGUGUCCUUAACCUAACAAGAGGAAUGAAGACAUACUCACUGAAAUGGUUAUUAAAUAUAUUGCUUCUUGGACGACAACAGGCUAUGUUUGAAGCCAUUACAGCUUUCUAAGGACAUACAGAAUUGAACUCUGGAUGAAACCAGCAGCUGAAACCAUCUUUUAAAUGUAAUGACUAAUGCAUAUGUGAACUGAAAAGCAUCAGCUUUGCUCGUCUAUUAUUUGAUUAUUAAAAUAGUUUAAAUCAUCCAACGUCUUGCCUUGUAUAAAGUGAAUUGGGAUGGUGGAAAUGGCUGUCUGCCACUUGUGAUACACUGCAACCUACAAGGAGAGAUACAGUAAAAAUUGUUUUGGUUAACUUUGUCUUGAAUUAUUACAAGUUUGGCUGGGCACCCUUUUUCAUGAUGUUUUUGUCUGCUGGAACAGUAAAAACUGAUUCUGUAACUGUAUAAAAGAUCAAACCAGAAUAUUUUGCAUUUUGUACAUAGAUAGUUAAAGAUAUCUCAGAACAAUCUUUUUGGCAUUCUCAGUUUUGUACAAUGUUUUUAAAAAAACUUCUUUGAAUUUUAUUGCAAUCUCAUUUGGUUUAACCAGUAUAAUAAAGUCUUUGAAAUAAG